CAAUGAAUGUAAGUAGACUUAACACUUUGAAUGUGACAUUUGUCCCUUAACGGAAUCCGUAGUAGGGACAGAAAUAUGGCCGCCUCCUUGCUGGUGACAUGGCGGUCCUGUCACAGAACGUCAUGGUCGGUUGCCAGGAGAUACCUGAGUGCGUCCCCUGCGCCCCCUGCGUCCCCACCGUCCGCAGUCACCCGGUUCCUCCUGCGGCUCAGGCAGCAGUUCUACGAUGUGGAGCAGCUCAUGACCUGGAGCGCCACCUUCAGGAACAGAGCUGUCCGGCGGAAGAAUCUCUUCUAUGGCUUUGCACAGCAGAACUAUGGUGACAACAUUGCAGCAGCAUACUACAUCUUGAGCCUGAAAGGAAGUUUCAGGUUUGCUGGACAGACAGAAUGGUUCCAGCCCGAUGCCAGAGGGAAAUUCAGCUUUGACUUCAUGAACUUCCCCACCUCCAUGAUUGAAGAGGUUGACUUGAGUGGCACUCCUAUUAACCGUGAUGGACUAGACAACCUAGUGAGUCAGCUGCAUCUCCGGAGGCUCUCCCUGAGGGGCUGCCCAGAGGUAGACGGCUGGUUCCUGACACGCCUGCACAUGUUCAGUGACAGCCUAGAGGAACUGGACAUCUCCCACUGCCCCCGGAUCACUGUAGGAGCCCUGUGUGCCCUGCAGCACCUCAGGAAGCUGCAUCGGCUGAACAUGUCCAGCAUCCCCAGCCUGCAGAACCCUGGGCUGGUGCGCAUCCUUAUGGAGGAGAUGCUGCCACACUGCCUUGUGACUGGGGCUGAGUACAGCCAGGGCCUUAGCCUGGAGGACACAACGCAAACAAUCACCACACACAGCUCCACAGACCCAGGGGCCCAGCCACAGGAAGAGGAGAGUGGGCAGACCAGUGCAAAGAGACAGGGGCAGAUGCAGUGACGGGAGUUAUCCAUGGACACGUACACACAGAAACAAUUAUUUAUAUAAAUACUUAAUUUGAUAUGCUCAGACGCACAAUCCCAGAUAAACACAUGUGAUGAUCAUACAUAAACAUGCACACAGAGAUCAACACAUGUGAUGAUCAUACAUAAACAUGCACACAGUGAUAAACUGGAACACAUUGUGGAAGUACAUACCAGUAAUGAAUGUAUUUUUUUUUUUACUAUCAUUUACACACCCCAUGCUGAAUUAUUGUAAUUCAUGUAGAUACUUGUAUUUGUAUUCAGUAUGCAACUAAACAUAGUACUCACAUUUUCAGUGUCAUUUAAUUCUUUAAAUGUACAUAUAUUGAAGUUAACUCACUUCCAGAUUGAUAUAAGUUAACCAUUCAUUUUAAGAUCAAAUGUACACUGAACUGUACAAGCAUGUCAUCUAUGAUGGUAUCAUGACCCCUUUGGCAUAUAGGAGCCAUGUCAUUGUUAUUGUUGAUAUUGUACAUUUAUUCAUACUGUACAUUUAGUCUUUGGGCAGCAGUUUGCCAUUUGCAAUAAAAGUACGUACUUCUGAA